AUGUCAGGGUUGAAUUCGGUUCUUCUUGUUGGUGGUGCUGGUUUUCUAGGGCUCCAUCUAAUUGAGAAGUUUUAUAACUUGUCACCGCGUCCAGACAUCCACGUCUUCGAUGUUAGGCCGUUGCCCGACAACCUUUCUUCGCAAUUUACGUUCGACCCGAAAGCUGUCACAACGCAUAUCGGCGACCUCACAUCCGAAAAUGACGUGAAAUGCGCGCUUCAGAGCAGUCAAGCAGAUGUGGUUGUCCAUUCUGCUUCGCCCAUGCACGGUUGUAGUCAAGAAAUCUACAAUAAAGUUAAUGUUGCUGGCACGAAGAACCUAUUGGAAACCUCAAAAAGGCUUAAUGUGAAAGCUUUCAUUUACACUUCCUCGGCUGGUGUGAUUUUCAAUGGUCAAGACAUUCACAAUGCUGAUGAAACCUGGCCAAUUCCAGAGGUGCCCAUGGACGGGUACAACGAGACUAAAGCCAUUGCUGAAGAAAUGGUGUUAAAGUCCAACAGCAUAAGUCAAAGUUUUGUGACAAUAGCUUUGCGGCCAGCUGGUAUCUUUGGUCCCGGUGAUCGCCAGCUUGUUCCUGGAUUGAGAAGUGUUGCAAAGAUGGGACAAUCGAAAUUCCAGAUUGGUGAUAACAACAACCUGUUUGAUUGGACAUAUGUGGGCAAUGUUGCCGAUGCCCAUGUUCUUGCUGCUGAAAAACUGCUACUUAAGUCAUCACAACCAGAAGUUGCAGGUGAAGCUUUUUUUAUCACCAAUGACUCGCCAGCCUACUUCUGGGCGCUCGCCAGGACAGUUUGGAGAGCUGACGGACAUGUGGAUAAGUACAAUAUUGUCCUUAACAGACCAAUUGCAAUCUGCGCUGGCUACUUAUCCCAGUGUAUUUCCAAGCUAACGGGCAAAGAACCCGGUUUAACCCCCUUUAGAGUGAAAGUUGUUUGUGCCGUAAGGUAUCACAAUGUCAACAAAGCUAAAAGACUGUUAGGUUAUAAACCUGCCGUUGGCAUCGAAGAAGGAAUCGCGAAAACUUUAGCAUGGAUGAAUGAGACGUCUUAG